CUCUCCUCCUCCCUUUAGCUUCCUUGGGAGAAGCAGGGAAGAGAGCUCCAGCACGGGACAGAGCAGAGCAAACAGAAAGAACCGCAUCACUCUGACUGACUCUGUCUUACAUCUGAAGAUAAUCACACCCGAGUUACAUUUUGCCUUUAAUUCCAUUUCUGGACACCUCUCUUCCAUCCAGCCACUGGGUGAGACAAAGCCUGUCGGUGCCCUGAGCCGCAGAACUCUGGUAGGGGCGCUGCCUGUACAUUGACGUGGCAUGGAAAUCCUCCGCUAAGUUGCAGCCGCUUUCCAGGAGCCUCCUGGAAGCUGGAGCCCAGCCUCCCGGAGCUCGAGCUAAACCACGGGCUCAGUGACCUCGCAGAAGAAUGGAUGAAGUCCCCAGCUCCAGUCCUCCGACCCGCCGCCUGCUUCCCGGCUAUCUAUCAUUUCGCUGAAAACCAAAUCAAAGAAGUUCAGUCUAAACUUUGUUUCCUCGCAGCUUGAACAACAGAAUUGGCUGCUCUCGCUCCUCUCGCUCUUUCCAGCACUCUUAACUCCUUGCAGACUUUGCCAUGGGGUGCGGACUUAGGAAGCUAGAAGACCCCGAUGAAAGCAGCCCUGGAAAAAUAUUUUCUACCCUGAAGAGACCGCAAGUGGAAACAAAGACAGAAUUUGCUUAUGAAUAUGCACUGCUGGAUUUUACUUUACAAGCUUCAACAAACCCAGAAGUCAUCAAGAUAAAUUCAGUUCUGGAUAUAGUUGCCAAAGUGGAAGACUAUUAUCUCAAGGGCUUUGUUGUUGGGGCCAUUCACCCAGUUAUCCAGCCUGUGGGGCAGCAAAAACACCUCCCGGCAAGUCACCUCUACAGGGCGGUGCUGUCGCGCCGGAAAUUAAGCCCCAAGCAUUCGGCAGCAGCAGUUGGACAGAGGCGUGCAAGACUUGUGAUGGAGGAGUGUCCACCUGCUUACGAGACACAAGCAAACGACGCAGCGAAGGAACUCAUCGAAAAGAUUAAUGCUGCUGCUAGAAGAGGAAUGAAAUUUGUUGGGUUCGUAUCACAGUAUUGCUUGCCAUCCAAGCACUGUAAUGGAGCCAGCCAUGAUGGGGUUGCAGAGUCGGGCCUGCGAGUGAGACACGGUUCACAAGACAACUGCAAAAGCUGGAAUGAGGGAGCCUUCAGUGGACACUGCUCUGAGAGUGGCGUGGAGGAGGAACCUCAGCAUGAAAGCGGGCAGCAUCCAGCAGAAGGAAAUAGCAGCGCCGGCUGCUCUAAACCAGAGUGGGGAGAAGUCCCAGAUAACAAGCUGUACAUGGUCUUCAAUGCUUUUGACGAGGAUGCAGCCUGCUGGACCUAUCAGGAAGGCAUCCUGUCCAUGAAGGUGACACGGAAAGGAGCAGCCGUCAGCACACUUGAUGCCAAUUGGCUAGAGUUAACGACAUUUUAUUAUAAGCAAGGCUUGUCUUUAAUUGACUCUCUUGUAUGCUGGGAGACACCUAAAGGGGACCAUUCGCCGAAAUCUUUGGAAGGGUUUUUUAUCUAUGAAGAAGAAGGUUGUGGAGUCCCAGGUUCUAACAGGAAGGGAAACGAUGCCAUUGUGGUGGAACAGUGGACCAUCAUUGAGGGCUGUGAAGUCAAAACAGACUAUGGCCCGCUGCUGCACACGCUGGCUGAGUUCGGGUGGCUUCUGACAAGCGUGUUGCCCACACCUAUACUGAGACAUGACAGUGAAGGGAAUUUGGCUACAAAGCAGGUCGUAUUUCUCCAAAGGCCAGUUACGUGGAGUUCAGCUGCUCAGACCCCAGAAAGGAAAGCCAGCCGGCUGCUGAAGGGCGAGGACAGGAACAAGGUAGGCAGCCGGAGCAUCAGCCUGGACACAAGGGUGGCCCAACCCGAAGGAGGCCAAGCCCCUCUUGAGGAGGGCCCCCUCACUCCCUCCAGAGAGUGUUGGACCAAAGAGGAGCGGCCUGCACCAAGUGACGGCUUUUCGGGGUUCAGCAGCAGCGACAGCGUCCUCCGGGAACUGGAUGAUGGACAGUUUGACCAGGAAGAAGGUGUGACGCAGGUCACCUGCAUGUGAGCUGCAGGCCUUGGCGUUAGAAAGGCUUGUAAAUAGACACUAAAGUGACUGCUGCCUGAUUUGAUUUCACUACUACUAUCUACAUUUAUGUAACGUUUCUAAUUUCCAGGCUCAGCCUCCCCCUAAUUUAUGUAAAUUUUGACUCAACCCCUCAGACAAGGAAGAAUGACAACUGUUUAUCAAUGCAAAAGCAUGCUUGCAUUUCUCUCAGCCAAACUUAAUCUGCGUAAACAGAUGUCCCUUCUGGUCAUUAAGCGACAACCUGGUUCACUUCCCCAGUAAUGGACAAAAUAACUCCUGUUGAAAAGACUGAGUACCACAACCAUCAUCUCAACCGUUAGAGCCUUCUCAGGAAGCUACAGACUCACUUCAACUGAAAAAUAUUUUCUCCCUCCCUGUCUUUAGCCCUCCUCCCAUACACACAGACAAGUGAAAAUAUCCAUUCCCCGCCUGUAACAACCAACCUAAUUUUUGCCUCUAACUGUUGUAUGUACAUACAAAGCAAGCCACGUUUGACAAAAGCCUUCAAAAAAAAAAAUUCUUUCUUUCGUCUUUUCUUUCAAAGGGCCAUGGUACGGCCAGCCCCUCGGUGAAUCGUUAACUUUGGCUUUGGGCUCCACAAGCACUUGCACCACAAAUAGGAAAAUUAAUUUUUAAAAAAGUCAGUUGAAGGAGCCCACAAUCUCAGUGUGUCAAAGCCAUGUCAUCUACAGCAAGCAUGGUGGCACGCCUUUAAUCCCAGCACCUGGCAGGCAGAGGCAGGUGAAUCUCUGCGAGUUCUAGGACAGCCAGGGCUACACAGUGAAACUCCGUCUCAAAAAUACAACCAACACGAUUUGACUUUCUUUCUUCAAACUUGCAAAUAGCUUUGAGGAGAACAAAUAGCGUCCUCAGGUGGAAGUGUGCCUUCUACAGCCGUUAGGUUCACAUCAUGCUUCGUCUUGACCUGUUACAACUGGAAAAACGUUGCACCCCAGAACUCUGUCCUGCAGGAGUGGAGCGGGGCUCACGGCCCACGCAGUGAUUCCAACCCUGUCCUAGCCUGUGGCCACCCUCCCCCCGGAGGCCUCUAUCUAGCCCAGGCUUUAUCAGGUGAAGAUGAAUCUACAGAAUGGGGGACUUUUAUGGACAUGUGAAAGGCUGAGCUCCAAGAUAACUGCAGUUGACUGGGGCGCUAAGCAAUUCACAGACUGUAUUUUUAUCAGCUUGAUGUUGAUAUUGUGACUCAUUGGAAUAAUAAACUGUCAUUUGUUAUUUGGCUUCUGUCUCGGUU